GUGUGAUCAAGCACACCAGGACCUACCCAACAGAUGCCUUUGGUGUAAUCGAGUUCCAGGGUGGAGGAUUCAUCAACAAGGCCAUGUAUAUCCGGGUUUCCUAUGAGACAAAGCCUGACAACCUGCUGCAUUUGAUGGUGAAGGACUGGCAGUUGGAGCUGCCCACCUUGCUCAUCUCUGUGCACGGAGGUCUCCAGAACUUCGACCUCCAGCCCAAGCUCAAGCAAGUUUUCGGCAAAGGCCUGAUCAAAGCCGCUGUCACCACCGGAGCUUGGAUCUUCACGGGUGGAGUCAACACAGGGGUGAUCCGUCACGUUGGAGAUGCCUUAAAGGAGCAUUCCUCCAAGUCACGAGGGAAAGUGUGCGCGAUUGGAAUUGCACCAUGGGGGAUCCUGGAAAACAAAGAGGAUCUCAUUGGAAAAGAUGUAACCAGACCUUAUCAGACGAUGGCCAACCCACUGAGCAAGCUGGCUGUGCUCAACAACAGCCACUCCCACUUCAUCCUGACCGACAAUGGCACCUGCGGGAAGUACGGCUCCGAGGUCAAACUUCGUCGACUGCUGGAGAAGCACAUCUCCCUGCAGAAGAUCAACACCCGUCUGGGCCAGGGGGUCCCUCUGGUGUGUCUGAUAGUGGAGGGGGGUCCCAACGUUAUCUCCAUCGCCCUGGAGAGUCUGAGAGAUGACCCUCCCAUUCCCGUGGUGGUGUGUGACGGCAGCGGUCGUGCUUCCGAUAUCAUUUCCUUCGCACACAAGUUCUCAGAGGAUGGAGGCCUGGUUAAUGAUGACGUCAGAGACCAACUUUUGGUGACCAUACAGAAGACUUUCAAUUAUACCAAAAGCCAGUCGCAGCAGAUCCUGCUCAUGGUUAUGGAGUGCAUGAAGAAAAGGGAACUGAUCACAGUUUUUCGAAUGGGUUCUGAGGGACAACAAGAUAUUGAAAUGGCCAUCCUUACUGCCUUGUUAAAAGGCACGAAUGCUUCAGCAGCUGACCAGCUAAGUUUGGCUCUGGCCUGGAACAGAGUGGAUAUUGCUCGCAAUCACAUCUUUGUCUAUGGACACAAUUUACCAGUGAACUCUCUGGAGCAGGCUAUGAUGGAUGCUCUGGUGCUGGACAGAGUGGACUUUGUUAAGCUGCUCCUUGAGAAUGGGGUCAAUAUUCACCACUUCCUCACCAUUCCCAGACUGGAGGAGUUAUACAACACAAAACUGGGCCCUGCAAACACACUGCAUGCUGUGGUUAGAGAUGUCAAAAAGGGGAACCUUCCCCCAGAUUAUCAGAUCACUUUGAUUGAUAUUGGUCUGGUGCUGGAGUGCCUCAUGGGUGGAGCUUACAGAAGCAAUUACACCAGGAAGGCUUUCCGCAACCUCUACAAUAAUUUGUAUGGACUGAAAAGGGUGAGGUUUUAAAACACUUUAAAUGAACUAACAAAACACAGCACCAAUAUGAAAUAAUUUUUUUUAAAAACCAACAGAGCAGAAUGAUUUAUGAUAAUUCUUUAAUUUUCUUGUUAGGAUGAUGAACCUAGAACAAAAGGCAAGAAAAAGCCAAAAAAGAAAAAAGAGGAAGAGGUGGAAAUUGACGUGGAUGACCCCGAGGUCUGUCGAUUCAAAUAUCCCUUUCACGAGCUGAUGCUGUGGGCAGUGCUGAUGAAGCGCCAGAAGAUGUCACUGUUCCUCUGGCAGCGUGGAGAGGAAGCUAUGGCCAAAGCUCUGGUAGCCUGUAAACUGUUCAAGGCCAUGGCCCAUGAGUGCUCUGAGAGUGAACUGGUGGAUGACAUCUCCCAAGACCUGGAGAACAACUCCAAAGAAUUUGGCCAGCUGGCCUACGAGUUGUUGGACCAGUCCUACAAACAUGAUGAACAGGUGGCAAUGAAACUCUUGACGUACGAGCUGGUUAACUGGAGCAACUCCACCUGUCUGAAGCUGGCUGUGGCUGCUAAGCAACGUGACUUCAUUGCCCACACCUGCAGCCAGAUGUUGCUCACUGACAUGUGGAUGGGCUGCUUAAGGAUUGGCAAAAACCCCGGCCUCAAGGUUAUUCUGGGAAUUAUCUUUCCUCCUUUCAUUCUACUGUUGGAUUUCCGUCUUGGAGAUGACGCGUCUUAUCAUGCACCUGAAGGCAAAGAAGAGGGAAAAGAAAAGGAUGACGACACAAAAUCCAGCAAGGACCCUAAUAAUGAUACAACUUCCCGAAAGGGGGAUGAAGAGGAGGGCAGCACUAAGGUCCGCAGAAUCCCCAUUGGCAAAAGGUUCUUUGAGUUUUAUGAUGCGCCCUUCACCAAAUUCUGGUUCAACACCAUUUGCUAUCUGGGCUAUCUGAUGUUAUACAACUACAUCAUCCUGGUGAAAAUGGAGCGAUGGCCAUCUAUACAAGAGUGGACUGUCAUUGCAUACAUCCUUACACUUGGCGCUGAAAAAGUCAGACAGAUUCUGAUGUCAGAGCCAGGGAAGCUGAAACAGAAGAUAAGUGUAUGGAUGGAGGAGUACUGGAACAUUACAGACCUGGUUGCCAUUUGCACCUUCCUUCUUGGGCUCAUGCUACGGCUGCAGCAUGAGCCUUACAUGGGCUACGGCAGAGUCAUCUACUGUAUAGACAUCAUCUUCUGGUACAUUCGCGUAUUGGACAUCUUUGGAGUCAACAAAUACCUGGGGCCCUAUGUGAUGAUGAUAGGAAAGAUGAUGAUUGACAUGAUGUACUUUGUUGUGAUCAUGCUGGUGGUGCUUAUGAGCUUUGGAGUUGCACGGCAAGCCAUCCUUCACCCUGAUGAGGAGCCGACCUGGCGCCUGGCCAGAAACAUCUUCUACAUGCCCUACUGGAUGAUCUAUGGAGAGGUUUUUGCGGACUCGAUAGACCUCUAUGCAAUGGAAAUCAACCCUCCAUGUGGUGAACAUUUGUAUGAUGAGGAUGGGAAGAAACUGCCUCCAUGUAUCCCCGGUGCCUGGCUCACACCUGCUAUUAUGGCCUGUUACCUUCUCGUAGCAAACAUUCUUCUUGUCAACUUGCUCAUUGCUGUCUUCAACAACACCUUCUUUGAAGUCAAGUCCAUUUCCAACCAGGUGUGGAAGUUCCAGAGAUAUCAGCUGAUCAUGACCUUCCAUGACCGCCCCAUCCUGCCUCCACCUCUCAUCAUCUUCAGCCACCUCUACAUCCUCUUCAACAGGCUGUUUCGACGGUGUGCCAGGAGGAGACAAGAGGGAGAACUAGAUGAGAAGGACCGCGGCCUCAAGCUGAGGCUGAAUCACGAGGAGCUAAAAAGUCUGUACGAGUUUGAAGAACAGUGUGUGGAGGAACAUUUCCGAGAGAAGGAGGAUGAGCAGCAGUCCUCCAGUGAUGAACGCAUCAAGGUUACUUCUGAAAGAGUUGAGAAUAUGUCCAUGCGUCUGGAGGAGGUAAAUGAGAGGGAGAACACUAUGAAGGCCUCCCUGCAGACGGUGGAUCUGCGCCUGGCCCAAUUGGAGGAGAUCCACGGUCGAAUGGCAGUUGCCCUAGAAAAACUUGCAGGAGUGGACAAAUUGGAGCUGACCAGAACCUACUCGCGAAACUCCUCUGUGUGUGAUCCUUCCUCUCUACUUCGCCAGGGCAGUAUUAACAGCGCUGAUGGUUACAGUCUUUACCGCUUCCACAUGGACAUGGAGGAGUUUGCAGCGAAGCAGAAGGACACUGAUGAUCUUGCUAAAACAGGGCUAGAAAGACAGAGGAGUAUUUGCACUCUCGCCAAGGAGGGUGGUCAGAGCUUAGAGGUUGGUGGUCUGGAUAGAACACGACCCAAUUCGUGUGUGGACAUUCUCAUAUCUCCAUGUGAACAAAAACCUGUUUCUCCAGCAUCAAGUCAAGACACCAUGACCAACAAAGGCAGCACAAUGCUGCUAGAUAGACUAACAGACAAGAACACACUAAGACCUUCUUCCCCUCCAAAAAGAACUAAAUCACUGAGAUACUAUCCAGUUGAAGACCAACCCACCUCUGCCUUGAUAAAGAGGAGGACCAUGAGCACCAGCAUUGUCAGCCCUCCUGAUGACCCGGUGGAACCAGCUGUACCCACAAAGAGCACCCAACUGCCACUGGGAACUUCCUCUUCUCCAAAGAGAACUAAAUCUUUGAGGUAUAUUCCUGAUGAAACCCAACACCAAACAUCCCCUAUUACAAAGAAGAGGGCUAUGAGCAGCAUCAUCUACAACCCAGCCGAGGCAGGUGAUGAUCUGCUGCAAACCGCAAACUACAGGUCACUGGUGGAGCAGGUAACUAAAACUCCAAAUCAAUGGCCAGAAAACUUGGAGUAUCAGGUGCACCCCAAUGUCUUUGGUCACAUGCCUAAAGUAUCAAUGGUCAGAACUCUUGCGCAGCAGUUUCAAACUACCCCUGCUCCCGGAGAGCUUAAGCAAGAGGAGAAUCUGAUUGAUCAAAUUCCUUUAGAAAGUAAGGGAGCUCCCCCAGCAACAGAACCCAUGGAAAACCAGACAAAGAUGAAGGCGAAGAGAAACCUAUCGGACAGUACUGAGUAUCUGACUGUAGCUCAAAAGUAUAUGCCGUCUCACAGGUCACAGAGCUGGAAUGUCAGCGAGAGGAGAGCAAAGAGCCUGAUGGUUAGCAAGGAGGUGGGAGCCUCUAGCAGCGAGAGAAACCUUGUUGAAACCUGCAGGGUGGCAACUGCUGGAGGUGAAGAUGUAGGAAAGAAAAUGGAAGCAGAGAAGAGAGAAGAUGAUGCACAGGAAGAGAAAUGAGAGGCGGACAAGAGGAGCUGAGUGAUACCAGCAAGGCAGAGAACUGAAAUCAAAGGUGGACUGCCAU